AUGAGCAAGAUCUGGCUCGACCACAUCAAGAUCUCGCGCAUCGGUCGCCAAUUCAUCGUGGCCAACAACGCCGGCGUUUCGUCCCUGACGAUCAGUAACUCGGACUUUGACGGUCGCACGGAUUACUCUGCAUCAUGCGACGGGCGUCACUACUGGACGUUCCUGCUGUACGGCAAGGACACGAAGGUCAGUAUGAUCAACAACUACGUCCACUCGACGUCCGGUCGGUCGCCUAAGGUCGGCGGAUCGAGCGAUUCGAACGCUAUCGUACACGUCGCCAACAAUUACUGGGCGGACAACUCCGGCCAUUCGUUUGAGCUGGGUCAGAACGGGUUUGUUCUUGCCGAAGGCAACUACUAUCAGGACACGGUGGCACCUGAAGGAGCCAUCUACGCUGCCACCGCAACUACCGAGUGCAGCAACUACCUGGGUCGCUCGUGUCUGCCUAAUGUGUUGGACAAGAGCGGCUCGCUCCAGUCACGCAGCGGGGCCACAGCGCUGUCGAAGAUGAAAGGAAACACGGCGGUCUCAAAAUUCAGUCCUCGGGCGGCGAAGAAGCUUGUCAAGACGACCAAGAACUUUGGCAUUGGUGUGAUCAACUAA